AAACGGCAGCGAGCACAUACAGUCUAGAGAGCAGCUGAUGCGACAAGAUGCUGAGCGUCGCCUUGCUGUGUGUGUGCGCCGUCGCCUUCGGACACGUCUGCGCUCGCUCCGACACCGGCAAUUUUUUGGAUGAUAAGUGGCUCGCUGGAAGAUGGGAUAAAUUCAGAGAUGAGCCUCGAACAUGGACUCCAUCCAAGCCCUUCGAUCAAGCCCUUGAUCCCACCAAAGACCCUUGUCAGAAGAUCAAAUGCAGUCGCCACAAGGUGUGCGUGGCUGAGGAUUAUAAGACUGCUGCUUGUGUCAGCCAGAGGAGAGUUAGUUUUAAAGAUGCCAAUUUGUACCAGAGUCCGGGGUCAAAGUGCAAACCCUGCCCUGUGGUUCACCCCACUCCAGUUUGUGGAACUGAUGGCCACACCUACUCCACCAAGUGUAAGUUAGACUACCAGGCAUGCAUCACAGGAAAGAAGAUUGCUGUGAAGUGUCCUGGUAUGUGCCCUUGCCCCUCUCAUUCUGAAGAGAGCUCUACUGAGAAGAAAGUGUGCAGUGAGUCAGACCUGAAGGAAGUAGUGAGUCGUCUGAGAGACUGGUUCAGAGCGCUGCACGAGAACGGCAACCAUAAUAGAGUCAAGAUCCAGAAGCCAGAGAAGAACAAGUUCGAAGUUGGAGCAUCACCUAUAUGUAAGGAUCCUCUGGGAUGGAUGUUCUCCCGCCUGGACACAAACUUUGACCUCCAGCUCGACCAGUCAGAGAUCAAGAGCCUCUAUGUGGACAGGAAUGAGCCAUGCUCUGAUGCGUUCUUCAAAUCCUGUGAUACACAUGCUGAUAAAGUUAUAACCAGCUCGGAGUGGUGCACAUGUUUCCAGAGGUACACAGAUUCCCCUUGCAAAGCAGAGCUGUCCAGUAUCAACAAAAAGCAAGCGGGGAAGAAGCUUCUUGGUCAGUACCUGCCAUCCUGUGAUGAGGAAGGUUACUACAGGUCCCACCAGUGCCACAGCAGCAGUGGCCAGUGCUGGUGUGUGGAUCGUUAUGGCAACGAAGUAGCUAGCUCACGCACCCAUGGGCCUGCAGACUGCGGUGUGAUUUUGGAGUCUUCUGGGGACCUUGGCAGCGGAGAUUCAAUGUUCACUGAUGAUGAUGAAGACUCCUUUGUCCUCAGCGACCAGGCUGGAAUGGAUGACGAGGACGACGAGGAUGAGGACGACGAUGACGACAAUGAUGAAUAUCUGUCGUAAUUUUGAAAAAGAAAACAAAAAAAAAGAAAAACUGCACGUUUCUAGGUGACUCCCCAGGCAGAUACUUAAUCGUACUAACAGCCUAUGGACUACUCUCUGUGUAUUGUUUGUUCAUAAGUUUUAAAAAAAGAAGAGAAAAACAAUAUUCCUGGCAAAUGUUUUUGAUUUCUCCUCCUGUCUAAGUAAAAAAUAUGAUUGGUUAAUGGCACUUGUUCACUUGUCAACCAGAGAAUAUUACAAGGACUAAUCGACAACCAAUCCAGUGCUUUGGAUUUGACCACAUGUGCAAAGACCUCUCCCUUCAUUGGACAGUCCAUCCCUUCUAGUGUGUCCUGUCCUUGUGCAGCACUCUGAUGCCUGCUGAUGCCUGAGGCGCAAUGUUAAAGAGAUUUCCCCCUCUUCAUUCCUCCUCCUUUCUUCCCUCACCCCUUUUACUCCUUAUCAAACGUUCCUGUGUAUAGGUGGGAUGUUGAUGAUGUAGAUAAGAGAAUAUUGCACUCUUUAGGUUUCUUUUGAUCUUGAUUUGUAAUUGUGACUGUAACUGUGUGGAAAAAAACAAGAUAAGAGUUACACAUGCUUCAUUAGGAAAAUUAAGGCAAAAACACAGUGUGAGCUGGAUAACAAUCAAAACCGACAUGCUAGCUGUUUUUCACUGAGACACAAAUCAAGUCAAAUCAUCUAAAAGGGGCAGCAACAAGGAAAGACAAAUUGCCACUUGGGGGAAAAAGCCAGUGGUGUUGGGGGGGGGAAAUUAUUAUCUAUUUUUCUAAUCCAUUGUUUGAUGAAUACAGGAGAUGAAACAGAUUUGUUGUAGCAUGUCUAACACUGCGUGAUGUUGUUUCACUCUGUAGAACCAGAGGCUAAACCUUUGUGGAACUCAACAUAUAAAGGAGCUCGAGGUUGGAAAAAUUCCCUCAAGCGUGUACAGAUGAAACUACACUUACAUGAACAACUCGAGCUACAAACCUGUGUGAUAGAAAAUGUUUACUCAUCUUUAAUACAUCAAAAAACCUCAUUACAGUUCAGAAGAAAACAUGGUGUUGAUGUAAAUUUUCAGAUUUGAAUCUUGGGCUUGAUGUGAUUUGAGCACACAGUAUAACAGAACAAAUCUCUUGCAUAGUAAUAAAACCGCAGAGCCAUGCAAACGUCUGGCAGGUGGAUAAAGGUGAAGGUGUGCCUUUUACUGGUAAUGACAGAUGGUGGUAACGGUGGGAGAAGCAUGAUCACUGGACUAAACCUGACUUAAGCUCGUCAUUACACUGAAUAAGAGUGGCUUUUUUCUGUCAAGCUCAGAUACUGUUUGGUUUUGGUAUGGCUUGUGUUUUGGGUCUGUCUUACGAUGAUGUUACAUAGGCCAUAUUUCAGAUCUUAUUUGUUACAAAGGAUAGCUAGAAUGUAGAGAAGCACAGAGAUAAUUAAGGCUUAAGAAUCACUUAGACUCUGCUGGAUUUGAAAAUGUUUUAUAUAUUAGUACACUGGCUAGAGAAAGCUUUGGUUUAGACAGCUUUAUAUGAGAAAAGAUUAUCAUCUUUCAGUGUUUACUUAUAUUUUGUUUCAGAAGCUUAAUUUUUACCUGAUCUGCUCUAACUACUUAUAGUGUAUAUCUGUUGCAGUUGAAAUCUGAAACUGAUCCCAGAUUUGUGUAUUCUUUGUGAGUCCUGUGACUGUUUAUGCAGACCUGGGACCAGCUGUACUCCUUAUGUUAAUUUUCAACUAUUAAUCUGCCAUUGGGCUUCAUUUUGAAUUAAACAUCUCUUGAAAUUCCAUGUUAAGACCUUAAAAGUGCCAUCAUAACUAUCCAAUAGUUUGUUUAUUUUUGGGUUUUUUUUGUUUUUUGUUUUGCUCUCCGUCAUCCCUUUUAACAUGGAAUUUCACUCCACUCAAUGAACUGGAGAUAAUUCAGUCUUAAAGUGUGCUGUUUCAUGAGUGUGAUGACUUGCAAAUCAUUUUUGAGGACCUCAGACACUGUAGCCACUCUCAACCAAUAACAUACUGUCAUCACAGUUCUGAUAGCGUUCAAAGGUUAUGAUACAGAUGCAUUUUUUACAGUGUAUGUAUGAUUUGCUGAAAUAAAAGCUAUAUUGACCAAUGUU